UGUGCUAAUCCUUUCUAAUAACACGAUACUGUAAUUUACUCCAAUCGAAAGCAAAAAAAAAAAAACAUCUACGCCUCCAUUUUCUGUUCUCGGGUUCUGUUUUUCUUCCCCCUCCCACAAACACACACGCACACACGUAUACACACACAUACAGUGCGCUGUAUUUAUUUUGAUUUCUAUUCCGCGCUUCGCACCGUUUCUUGCCUUCGUGGAACGGUGCUAGUUGUCAAAAAGACCCCCCACCCCUCUCACAUCGUAUCAACGCCAUUAGCGCUCGCUUCUAAUCUAUACGCAGCAAAAUUGUAGGCUCUGUGUUUGUGUGAUCGCUCAUAUAUUUUCGGAACCACGACGAUAGAUAAGAGAUAAGCGACCGUGAUCGUGCGUUGGCAAUUCGAAUUCAGUUUUGUGGGGUGCAUUUGAGAAGCGCAGCAGCAUUCGCCGCAAGGUAAACGCGUAGUAGUAGUUGACGCAAAAGACGCGCAGCACAGAAACGAUGGCCGAUGAAGACAAAGGACUGGUCGCUGGACACCCCCCGGCAGUGAAAGCGGGUGGAAUGCGCAUUGUGCAGCAUAAGACUCCGAACAGCGAGCGGCCUGCCAAGGAUCCGGUCGAGGUCAUUGGGCUCUCGAACCCAGCGCCCAACGUGAACACGGGUGAGGUCGCCCAGUCCGGGACGAGCACCAAGCAUACCGACCAUUCCGUGGAGGCGUCGCAGGUGGCCCAUGCCCAGAAGCCGCCGGCACCGGUCCACAGCAAGCCCGUCAAUCACAUCCAGCAGCCUCGGAAGUGAAUUACUCGCGGUGCAUGCUAUUGAACCAGUGGCGGGGGUGCGGAGUGGAAGACGGACGGAAAUGAACCAUCAGCAGCAAACGACGAAGAGUUGGGGGUGGUCAAGGGGACAAGGGUGUCCGCCGGAUGCACAUGCACAUUGGCAGGUCCAAUUCUCCUCGCCUCCGCCGGUUGAUUUGCCCUGCUGGAACGUUUUCGGAGUCCCUGUUCGGCGAGUGAUGAUGGCCUUAUCGAUAAUCAGUAUCAGGGCAGAGUGUUUUUUCAAGUUUCUUCUUCCUUUUUUCUUCUCACCAUCAUCGGUAGAUUGAUAAUUGUCUGAAUUUAGAGCGUUGCUUAGCGCGCACACGUUGUUUUUCUUACCUUCAAUUUACACGGAACUUACACGGGAGCGCGGUGGUGUGCCUCAUCGAAUUGGAGGCGUUGUAACAUUUCUAGUGGUCUUGGGUUUGUUUUCCUUUUCAAAUUAAUAAUCCUACUAAUAUUUUGUAAUACUGUUUGUGUACUAUCAGAGAGCAAGAAAGGGAAGUAAAAAAGCUGUGCUUUCAGUUAGCGGGCUAGUUGGUAGAUUGGAAGAAAAUAAAUGAUACAAAUAAGUGAAGCAUGUUUAAAAAAGGUGGAAACAAAAUAUAUUGAAGGGCGCAUAAUUUUAGAGCAAUUUUGUUGUCCUUGUACUAAUUCUCGCUUACUUGUUGUUGCGCAUACACGUGGAAGGUUUUAGUCUUCAUACUGGCAAACGCCGCGGCGCGCGGGCGUUAAGGUGCUGCACCGAAGUUCCAGCUUAUAAUGAAUAAAGCUAUGAAAUGUGUAUAAUUA